AUGACCAGGCAAACAACAUUCUCAGGAGAGAUCAUCAUUGCUAGCCUAUACAUAGAUCUUUCCUUUAUGUUAAAUGACUACGCUGGUAAUAACCGGUUUGACGUAAUAGUCAAUCAGUCGAAAACAAUCACCUGCAAAGUCAUCAACAAUUCUAAUGCUGAAACCUUAAUUUGGUACCGCGGGAGCCAGCAAGUCGAUAUAAAAGCUGAAAAUAGUGUCAACUCAAGCACAAUAUGUCUGCCAGGAGUGACACCUGAAGAUCACGGAGUAAGCUUUACUUGUCUAUUGAAGCGUGACACCACCAUGAAAUGGUCUGGACAGCUAAAUGUCACUUUUGAGCCUAUCCUGUCUGGAGACAAACAGAUUUUUGCAGAAGAAGGUAAAAAUGUCCAAAUCAUUUGUGGAUAUAAAGCUAACCCACCAGUUACUAUGUCAUGGAGACAAAAUGGCAGCAUUGUGGCAUAUCCAUCCCGCUUUGAACAACUCAUGACCAGCAACGCUUGGACGCUCAGCAUCACCAAGGCAACUAAGGCAGACACUGCUAAUUACACUUGUGUAGCAGUUACUCCCAAUGGAACGGAAUAUAAAUUAACAGUUGAGCUGUUAAUAGGUGAUAGGAUUCCUGGACUUCCCGUGGAAGCGAUUGGUGGUGCAGUGGUGGUAGGAACCCUUAUCAUCCUCUUUGGAUUGUUUGCACGGCGAAAGACAAUAUUUAAACAUUGCAUGAAAAGCAGAAAUAACACAGCGAUGUAGUUGAUGGUUGCGAUGUUACAUUGAUCUACACAGCCAGUCCAUACAACACACUACCUGGAUGUUAGAA